ACCAACAUAAAGCGUGAAAUGACCUUUGCAGCAUUUCAAAAGGAAGACCUAAAAAGUGAUUUGAAUCAAAAAUUCUCAGAUCAGCAAUUUUUUGUGUUGGCUAUGAAGGAAGAGGAUUCAAAAACAGCAGACACCAAAAAGAUUGGCAGAGUCCAUGACCAUGAAAAAGAAAAUACUCGUUCUAUCUGCCUUCUCGAACAGAAGCGCAAAGUUGUAUCUUCAAACAUUGAUGUGCCUCCAACAAGAAAAUCUUCAGAAGAAGUGGAUAUGGAUAAAGUCACGGCAGCUAUGGUUCUAACUACUUUAUCCACCAGCCCUUUGGUUCGCAGCCCUCCUAUCCGUCUUAAUGAAUCCUUAAAUGGAUCCUGGAAAGAAGGAGGAUUUGUGCCUUCCAGUACCAACAGCAGUGGGUAUUGGAGCUGGAGUGCUCCAAGUGACCAGUCAAACCCCUCCACCCCAUCACCACCCCUCUCUGCCGACAGCUUCAAACCAUUUCGAUUACCAUCUCAAACUGAUGAUGGCAUUGAUGAGGCUGAAACUAGCAGUCUUCUUUUUGAUGAGCCCAUUCCUAGGAAGAGGAAGAACUCCAUGAAAGUAAUGUUUAAAUGCCUUUGGAAGAACUGUGGAAAGGUGCUAAGCACUGCUGUUGGUAUCCAGAAACACAUCCGGACUAUUCAUCUUGGACGUGUAGGAGAAUCUGACUACAGUGACGGAGAGGAAGAUUUUUACUACACAGAGAUACGUCUCAACACUGACUCAGUAGCAGACGGAUUAAAUAGUUUAUCUCCAGUUUCACCCUCUCUAGCAUCUCUUCCUUCUUUUCCAUCCCAAGAUGUGAACAGAAGUGAACUAUCGUGUGCCAAAACAGAUGCUAAAGGGACGACGCCUCUAAGCCGUUCAGCUCCUACCAACCUCUACCUCAUUCACUCUGACCAUGCUUACCAGGCCACAGCUCCUGUGAACAUUCCAGGGUCAGCCAAGUUCACUCCCAAUGGAAAAAGCUUUAGCAUCUCUUGGCAGACACCCCCAGUUACCUUCACUGGCCUUCCAGUUUCACCAACUCACACACGGCAUGUGGGGAGUGGAGAACAAAAGCAUCAGAUUCAUGCAGUUCUUUCAUCACCACCUAGAGCAUCAGUUGGCCUAAGAAAACCUAGAGGAGAGGGCAAGAAAUGUCGCAAAGUGUAUGGGAUGGAGAAUAGAGAUAUGUGGUGUACAGCUUGCCGUUGGAAGAAGGCCUGCCAGAGGUUUAUUGACUGAAGCCCAGAAACAAUACGGAGUUGUGUAUAGUAGGGUUCCCUUGCUGCAACUGUGCAGUGUGACUCUUCCCACCUCCUUGAGCACUGACGGCCAUAGAAGGCUGGCACUCUACAGCAAAAAAAUGUAUUUCAAGGGGAAGGACUUCUCAAAAACCUAUAUGCAGCAAUAUAGGAAAAACUAACAAAAUCUUUACCAAGUUUUGAAUCAGGAGCAGCUAUAUGCAUCUUUCUUUAAAGAACAGGAACAAUAUCUCUUUUUAAUACUUUGAACAACUUGCCUGUCAGGACAUUUGUCUUUCAUACUGCAUCAUGAUCAGUAUUUAAACUUUGGAAUCACUUAAAACCAAGAUUGAGUGAUGCUACUUUUCCUAGAAUGAAGUAAAUAAAACACACAUACACACAGAGACACACACUAAACUUUAGAAAUAAGCUACAUUUUUCACAAGAGCAGCUCUCCCAGAAGUGGUAAAUAAUUCUAAUGUGAACAGUCUUGAUUUAGCGUCUAGUGCUUGUCCUUUAAGGAUAAUGGGAUGAUGCUUUGCUAAAGGGACAAGAAAUUUAAGCGUGAGAAGAACUCAGACCUGAAGAUUGAGCAUCUUUUGUAUCUGUCCCAAAGAAGGCUAGUUGGGGUACAAUCACCAGCAGUCCUAAGCAAAAAAAAACCACACGUGGGAAAGGAGUCUGAUUUUAAAUGAACUUGGAUGGAAAUCAGCAUACAUACCAACAUAGUAUGGGUUCCAGGAUAUCUUCCUAGAAGCAAGUACUGGAAAAUGUACAUCUCACAGUGCUAAAGGCUCUGCUCAGAAUAAACAUGGGCAGCCCGAUGGACUUCAUCAACAUUAAUUCAGGGAUGUGAUCCAACCCAGCAGCUUUUCCCCUGCUUUUUAUGGCAUUACUAGAUCAACAGUUUAAUUCAAGCAGCGAUUACUUCAGGGGAGAGAAACUAGAAGGACAAACUGGUUUCCCACUUCCCAACAUGUAAAAUAUGAGUGCAGCAAAGCAGAUGUCUGUAUGUAAAAAUUCCAUUGAUUAUAAAGUUCUUUCAAGAUCAGAAAUAAAAGCCUUCACACUGGCUUGCACUUUCAUAGGUUUUUGUGCUUUAGUGUAAUUUAAUCUUCUUUUGGCUCAUGAGAUAGACUAUUGUAGCUGUGGUGUAAAUUGAGCUAAUGCUUAAGAAUCAGUAGAAAGUUUGGGUACAGAUGAUUGGAAAUAAUGUCUACAGAUGACCUACUAAAAUAAAGGAAUUCAUAUAAGAGCACUACCACAUAUUAAUAUAAAUACGGCUUGUGCUCAAGACCUUCCUGGUGGAUUUUGUCCUUCGAUAUUAACUCCAGUGGGAUGAGAUAGGUAUCCCAAGUUGGGAAAACAAGAGCAAGAAUGGGAGCCCUUGAUGCUGUUGUAUGAUGACAAGUCAGAGAUAAAUUUUAUUUCGGGGUGGGGGGGUAGAGAAACCGCUGAUGGAGUAUAUUACAAAUCUCUAUUAUCGAGAACGUCUGCCUAUAAUAAAUAUAAAAAAGCACAAAAUUUAAUUAAAACACAGAAUAUUAAGCUAGGGCUGACUCUUAUGUGAACUUCAGAACUAUUAAAUUAGCUUUAAUGCUAUGACAAUGUUAAAAGAUUUCAGGUAGGCCUGGAAUUGUCUUCCAAAAUAAGGCUAUCUGGUUGAAAACACCUCUACUGUACUGAUAAGACUCUCUUGAACUAGCAUUUCCAUCAGAUACUCAUCCAGUUUUCUCAUUGUCUUCAAAAAGCAUGUUAUUCCAAACAUAACUAGAGAAUAGGAAAUGUCUUUCUUGAGAUUUGGUAGAAAAGUAAGAAAAGGGAUGAAUUCAACACAAACUGUUAUUUCCUUUAUGGUUUGGUCUUCAACUGUCUAGCUUAACUACCAGAGUCAAGCAAAAGUUAGAUUAAGGAAAAUCUGAGGCUUUAUGUUUUUAGCUCUUUAUUUGCCUGUAAAUUGUGUUUGUCAGGGAUGCCUUCAAAUCAUAGUAUUUACCCAACUGGGCAGCUGACAGUUAACUCUGAAAGAGUAUAUCAUGUGAUAAUCACAUCUGUGUUCUAACUUGAAGGUGUUAUGUUGCAGUCUUAUAUUUGUGUUGAAAUAUUGUACAUCUCUGAAUGCACACAUGAUCCAUCCAAAAUUCACUCAUAACUUGUUCUGACCUGCUGCUUCAUGGCCAGUGUACAUCCUGAGGAAAUAUCAAGUAUAGCUCUAUUUAUUGUUUCCUAAUUUCACAUAGAAAAAAUGAUGAGAGUUUAUAUUUUCAGGCUCACUUUCUGGCAUUCCCAUUUAAAAGUUUCUAAAUGAUAGGGCUACAGGCAAGGACCUGCUUGAAAACACAGAAGGCUUCCACCAUAAUGGAAGUAGUUCAAAUUAGGCUAAGUAGACUAAUGGUCUGAGCUAACCAAAGAUAGCUUUAUAAGAUUAAUGUAAUUUUCUUGAUAUAUAUAAAAAAUAAAAUCAUCUGGAAAGCUGAGAGUGCUACCAAUGAAUUUACUAAAUUUUCCACACAUUGAAAGUAUAGGUGCAUUUACUUUAAUAAAAGUUCCAGCUAUAGUAUAUUGAUUUGAUUUUCUUUAUACUGGACCUUAUUCACAUCAUCCUAUUCAAGUUCUGUUAGUUCAGUAUCUGUUUGCACAAGAUGAUAUGCCAUACAUUUUUAUAAAAUUGUAACUUAGUUAAUUGAAUCAGCUGUUAGUGUAAAUUGUGAUCACAUGCCCUGGAGAGAUCAAGACAGAAGCGGGAAAAAUUAUUCUAAGCUGUGUGGGUUGGGCAUUAUUGGAAAUAAAUAGCUUUUUGCAUAUAUUUGCAUUGUAAUAUAUGCCAAAUUAAUAUUGGUAAAUUUAUUAUUUCUACUGUUAUGUUAAUGUUCUCAAAUGUUCAGAGCAGGAAUAAACAGAUGAUAAAUUAUAAUCAGACUCCACAUUCACAAGAAUUUUAAAAAAUGCUCAUUCAGUAUUUUUAUCACACAUUUCUCUGUUUAACUCUGCACUCUUGAGGACUAGACAUUUUUAAAGAUUGAAAAAUAAUCACAGGAUAACUGUUUGCCAAAUGUUGUUUAUCCCUGUUUCUGUGCAAUAUAGCCUUUGUAAGCCCGUCUACUGUUUAUUCCCAUCUUCAAUUUUUGGUUCUGCAGAUUUGCACGGGGUACGUUCAAGUUUUCAACAGUGAAAAGGUCUCACGUGGUAACACUGAGACUAUCUUUAUAGCGUUAUUUGAACAACUUUUUCCAUAGUUAAAGCCAACUGCCCUAAGAUAAGAUUUGCUUGUUUAUUCUUUGACUGAAAUUACUGCCAGAUAACUCUUGGAUCUGUAUUAUAAAGAGACAAACAUAAUUUGACAGUAGAAUUUGGCUUCUUGUACUUAAUAAGUGUUCCUUGUAAAACUGAUUGCAACAUAAUGAAUUUUUUUUAUUGCUGGAGAAUUUCAGUAGGGCUUUAGAACACGCAAAAAGGCACAGAAAAUAGGUGCUAACCAGAAUUGUAACUAAGAUACAUAUUAAGCAAGGGGGUUGUUGUAAGCAUUUCAUAGGGGUUUUUAAAUGAAUUUUAAAUUCUUUUACUGCUUACCUAAGUAUUAUUUCAUAAUUUUUUCUAGCAUAUCAUUGAGGUUUUGAGAAGUCCAAAAUGUUUGCCCAAACUUUCCCUGAUAUUUUUCUUAAGAUGCAUUCACAGAUAUUUUAAGGCUCUAUCAGACGGUCAUGUUCUGAGAUCACCAUUAGCCUCAUUUCGCUAAAUGAUGAUGUUGAGCUUCAGAAUGAGGGCAGGUAAUAUUGUCUCUGACUCUUGUCAAAAGAAAGGUAGUGAGUUCCCACCCUUAGCUCAGGGCUACUUUGAAAAUCUCUCCUCAGUGCCUAUUUUGACAUUUCCAACGUCUUGUAUGAAAACUGUUAUCAAGCCUCCUCCAUGCCCAAUCCAAGACUACUUUCUGGUGAGUUAAAAUAAUCUUGAAUAUAUUUUACAUAAGUUUUAUACAUAAAUAAUUAUGUUAGAAUCAGCCAUGAAAAGCUACCAUUUUUUUCUUUCAUUCAGGAUUGUGUCUUCAGAUGAACCUGUUUAGAAUGUGCCCAGUGUCAUCAGAUCAUCAUGUUUGCUUUGUUAUUUUAAUCAACCUGCAGAUUAAAGGAAUAUGCUGUAUACAAUAUGGGUGCAGUAGCCCCCAUUAGCUUUUGAUUAUUUACACUCCUGAAUUGCAAAAUUUCUUGCCACUGAUUCCAGAAUCAGUUAAAAUAAAUUGCAAUUCACUCUUGCCUCUACAAAUUCAUUUAAGACAAAAAACUAAGAAUUUUUGUCAGCAUGUUUAUCUGUGUUAUAAAGACCAAGAACAAUGAGAAAUUAAGUCUGAACCUGAAUAUAUGUAUAUUUUUUUGAUUAUCAAAGGAGUUGAGGACAUUCCUAACAUUUCAAAACUUCAUUUUCUUUAUUUUUAAAAAAAUCUACAGUAUGGAUUUUUGGAAUCUGAUUAAAAAAUUGUAUAAUCCAGGAUUUUGUAUAAUCCAGGAUUUCGAUUCCAACAGUUGGCAGACUAGAUGGUUCUGGAAGGUUCACAAGCAGCCCAUUAUAAUUACCACUUCCUUCAAUUUGUCUCAAGCAAUGCAAGAGGACACGAGAGCUUAGCUCCUGACUGCUGGGGAAAUGGAAAGAUGUUCCAUUAAUUAUGUGCAGUUUACUGGUGGACAGAUGUCAUUGGAUUUCGCCCUCUAUUUCCUCUGAGAGGAAAAAUCUAGAGAAUAGUGAUAUAGGUUUACUAAACAUAGCUUGGUAAACAGAGAGAAAUUGUAUUUUUUGACCAAAGUUAUUCAAUAAAAUUAAAGAGGAAUGCUCACUUGACAUUGUUUAAAUUGGAUUAUAGCAUGUAUCAUAAUCUUACAUAUUUGGAAUGGUUUCAUUUGGAAAGGUUAGAGGGAUUUGUAGACAGUGUAGGAACUGAAAUUCACUAGGACGUAAUUUAUUGCUAUUUAAUACUUGUUAGUAUAAAAUUAUGGAAAUGAUAUAUUAGAAACAACCUUGCUGUUUUGAUGUGCAGUGACACUUUAAAUCACUAUCUGCAACAGAAUUACUGCCCAAUAAAUUAUUUUUCAAAUGAAUAUUAUUUAUAGAUAAAAUUUAUAGAUAAAAGUCAGUUAUACCCUUUAGCCAUGUUCACACCUAGGAUUAGGAUGUUCUGAGGCUUCUUUGGGGAUUAAUAUGAUGCACCUGGUAUGGCAAAGUGUUUGUUGCGUGCAGAACGGGCCUCUGUGACUUGUCCAACAAACUGUGGUUUAAAAACUCCUGGCUUAAUGUGGGCAAAUAAAUGUGGGUUGCUCAGACAUCCUCUGACUGUCCUCUUCAAAGUUCAAUCUGUCCUGGCCAUAUUCAGGGCAUUCCUGAUUCUUCAGCUCUAAUGUGGUAACUGAUUUGGGAACACUAGAAAAAAGGGAAAAAAGGGGAUUGUGGCAUAUAUAAUCUGCAUUAGUACUUAUUAUCCUGCAAAGCAAAAAUUGUUAAUUGUACUUCCACUGUGUCUUCUUUGAAUUAGUGGAAUGACUAGAUUCAUGCCCAUAAUUAUUAUUGAGAUUCCGAAAUACAGAAUAAAAAUAAGGUUGGAAUCUAAUACAUACAUACAUACAUGCAUACAUACAUACAUACAUACAUGAAUAAACUUUUUUGAGAUUAAAAGAUUCCAAUCCUGAAUUUGAAAAUACUUUUUGUAACCAAUUUUCCUGGCAUUUUUUAUAUGACUGUUUUUCCUCAGCAAAACUCAGAUCUUUUUCUUUUGUGAGUUGUUUUCAGCAAGCGAAUACUGAAGUCUCUCCAAAGAUAGGAAAAGAGGCAUGCUUCUGUAUAUUCUAAAACGUGUGUUCUGAAGAGCCUGGAGUACCUCAAUGUGCAUAUCAAUAAUGCCUAUCAAGUUGAUGGAAUGGCAGUUGUUCUUUUUUUUAAACUUUUGCUCACCUUUCCAAGCUAUGUGCAGCCUAUACCCUGAAACCUACAUCUAGCUGGUGCCUCAGCAUCCUUUGGAAUGCAGACUUACCUGCCAAAAAACAAAAUUCCAUGGGCAGAGAAAUGAAGGGGUAAUGGAUUUAUGAGGGAAGAAACAACUUCUUAUCUGCUAGGCUCUGAUUCAGCCAAACACUUCAUUGUGUUUAGCUUUACUUGCGUCGUCUUAGUUAACAAUGAAUUUCAACCCAUCACACUAUAAGGGUAUUAGAAUGUGCAAGUUGCACUUCUAAUUUUUCUAGAUUUCUAUUGCACGACAAUCUGGGUUGUUUUAGACGUCACACCAUGCCCCCUAAACACAGAAUACUAUUUUUCUCCCUCAACUGAAGUAAUUUAGACAUACCAAGAAUAGUACUUUGAGUUGACUUGUUAAAUAAAAUAUUGAAACUUAGGUCUAAUUGAUUAGAUGUUUUAGUUGCUUUUAUCUGUGACUGUUGAAGAUUUUAAUAUUCAGAAUAUGCAGUAGUUUAGUCAAAAAGAAUAAGAGACAACUGCCUUAUUGAAUGGUGCAAUAUUGCUUUUUACUCAAAAAAGGGCUAACUUUUUGAAAUAGAAUUUAAGCUACUGUGAAGAAUGUUAAUUCAGUGUAUAUUAGAAAGUCUGUAUCGACACAACUAGAACAUUUUAUCAAAUGGUUUUAAAUCAGUGUAAUAAGCUUUACCCAAAAUAUAGACUCUUUCCUUAAAAUACGUAACUAACUUUUAAAUAGGAAUGCAACCUGCAAACUGUUUUUCAGUGCAGAGCUUUACUUUCAUAUUUCAAUUAAUUUUCAGCUAAUUUUUCUUGCAUGCACAUAUGACCACACAUGAAAGGAAAUUAGCUAGAAAGUCUAUUAAAACAGGCAGAAAUUCUUAUACUAUUUGUCAGAAAUUGCUUUUGGUCCAAUUCUGCUGUUUAGGCAAUGUGAAAUUAGUUUAAACUUUCCUUAAUCUUUCUCUAAAUGUACAUCAGAAAUUGAACCACAUUCCUAAAAAAUCAUUGUUAGUGUUUAAUCAGCACAGUGAAUCAUUCUCAAUUUGGGAAUUUACUUCUGAGUGUUUCUGCAUUUUUCUGAAGAAAUAAACAACAAAAAAGUCUUUCUGUACAAAACCCAUAAAUUAACUAAAGAUUAUAAACCUUAGGAUUUUUUUUUUAAUUUACCAUGAUUAUUCUGUUGAAGUUAUCUGGAGGAAUGUCAGUGUACAGGCAUAAGGAAAAGGAAUAGACUUGGGGACUAGUUUAGGUCAACAAGAUUUAUUAGAGUGGGGCAGGAAAUUGAAUACCCUUCAGAUGUUUUAGACCAACUUUUAUCAUCUCCAGCCAGCUUGGCCAAUGUUAGUUGCUUGUGCCUAUGAUAGACACCUAUUUAAGUUAUCAAAUUUCUUCAGUUUUUUGGCUUCAAUUUUGGAUUCUCAUUGUAAGUUGUGGUUAUGCUGUUCCUUUGUAGCUCUUAAGCACUUUCAGUGUCUAUAUUCAUAACUUUGGAUAAGCGGUGAAAUUAAAAUGAUCUGUCAUGAAGAUGGCAGAACUUCCAGUAGGUUAAUAGUCUGGCAGUGAUGAAACAGAAAAGUCAAUUGGCCAUGUUCCUGCAAUACAUUAAAAAAAUCCGUAUCUAUGAACUACCAAAGCAUAACUGUACACAAUGUUAAUUUACAGAUGAUAGCAAAAAGUGGCAAACUACUCCUGCUCUCUCAUAUGUCUUCCAUUAAAACUGUUUUUAUGUUAUAGUUCGGUAUAAGGUUAUAAUCUACAAUGUACUGAAUCAUCUAGUUUCUUUCUUCUGUUCACUAUCUUUUAAGCCAAACAUUCUUCCAAGAGUUAAUUAGGUUUUUAGUUUACCUGCACAAGUACAGCAAAUUAAUGAAUAAUUGUAAUGAAGGACAAUAUCAAAAUGUUAUUUCUUGAAGUGGUUUCUUUGAGAUAUUUGUAUCAGUUUAUAAGAGAAUGUGUCCUCAGUUCAAGUUAGUUUCAGUAUUAGCACCAGUCAAUCUUGUAGAAACUUAGUAGUCAUGAAUGAUCAUGUUAUUAGCAGCUUGCCACGGAGUUUAGAAAGUUUUUCCAAACAGCAAAGUUUUUUACUAAAACUAUUACUGAUAAGUCAUCUUCGUUAAUGAUUUAUUUUUAGAUGACAUGUUUAUAUGUCUGGAACUAGUACUAUCUAGGUAGAAUUGUUAUUAGAUCUUAUUGCAUACAUCAAAUCAUGACAUUUUGCAUUAAGUUUCAGUAAGGGUAUGCGUUUUUCCAGGCCAAAAACCAGUUGGCUGUUAAGUGGCAGGAUGGGGUUGUUAUUCCAAAAAGGAGAUGGGGUCAAAACAAAUACGUCAGCAGGUCAAGAUAAAAAUUAAAUUUCCCUAAAUGUAAUUUACAUUGAAAUUUAGUUAUAUUUAAUGUAGAUCAAAUAAAGUAGUUAAAUAAAGUUCACAUGAUCACUCCUUAUGUAUUUAAUAAUUUUCCCUGUCUAUAUUGGCUACUUUUGGAGGGAUUCUCUAUGCCACAUCCCACUUCAUAAACCCUUGUUUGUGAAGCCAGGAAGGACUACUGGACCAUGCUGGCUUCGUUUUGAAAUCCUGGCUAGUUUUAAAUUAACGGUCCUUAUUACAUACAAAAUAGGGAACUUUGGGUGGAUGUUGGUCAGUCUUUGCUAGUUAUUAAAACAGGACAAGAUCCAGAAUACCCGACCUGAGUUCAGUUGCUUUUUGUUUUUGAGAGACUUGGUAGAGUCAUAAACAUGGACUAAGGUUGAACCCAGUGGCAUCUGCAGAGCAUCAAUAGAUGAUGAAAGCCUUAUUGCACUCUUGCAAUUCAAGCUUCGCUCCUUCUGUACCUGCGUUUUGACAUUCCAAGAGGCAGAGCUUAUGUUGCAAGAGUGUGAUCCUGCUUUUGUCAUUUUGAUGGAAGUUUUGGAUUCUGCAGACACAUCUGGUUGAGCCUUUCACAAGAUCAGUGGACCGUAUAGAUUUGGCUAAGUAUAAUAGAGAAAAUAAUUCUAUAUGUGGUAGACUAAUUCUACUCAUGUAUCUUCUUUAUGCUUCAUGUCUGGCUUGCUUUGCAAAAGUUUGGAUAACUUUAUAAAGUCAAAACCUAGUCUUGGCCUACUGGUGAAAAGAGAAGGUGUGUUCUAAUGUUCAUGUUUAUGUCAAAUCCAGAUCUGCCAGGUAUUUGUGAAACCUUUCCUACCAAAACUGCAAUUUACUUAAAACUGAAUCAGUGGUAAUAUUACAGAGGCACACAGGGACAUUUACAGGGAGGUCAAAAAAGUCAAGAUGGCAACAGUGUGAAGCACUGCCCCUUUUUGUGGCACACAUGUGACACUCUUGAAAAGAGUGGAGCUUCAUAGAGUCAUGCCUGCCAUCUUGACUUUUUUGACACACACAUACCCCUGUAGAUACCUCUGCAGUGACAUGGCAUAAUAAUAAUUCUUUCAUGGGGAAAAAAGCCAAGUUCAAAAAUAUCCAUUACAUGCUUGUUGUCUCAUAUAACAUGAUACACAGAAAAGCAGUAGUCUAUAUUAAGAACUAAGAUUCCAAGUUUAGUUAACAAGUUUGUGCAUUGAGCCUGACUUUCUAGGGAUUAUUUACAGAAUCUAUAAAACCUCUAAUAAACAAUUUAAAAAGGCUCAGCAAGAAUCCCAUAUAAAUUGGUCUGGGGAUUUUCUGUUAUAUUUUAUUAUUACAGUACAUUCUGAUAACAGAAGCUACUUGGGUUAUUUCAAGGAGAGGGUAAGUGUAGCCAAUAUUAUUCAGUUACAGUUUCUGCAGAUAUUUCAACAUGCAGUUCUACGUAUGUGUUACUUCCCAUAGUAAGUGUUGGACUAUUUGAAUGAAUGUAUCUGCAACUGCACAUUACAUAUUUUCAUUUUUAACACACUUGUUUUGUACCAGCUCUGCAUUUUGCUAAAAAUCUACUUAAGUAAAUACUUAUCCAAAGUUAGCUUCCUAGCAGAGAAGGCAUAGGUGUGACGUUUUGUUUUUAGAUAAUACAACUAAGGUUAAUGAAUACAUACCAGUCUACGUGCAGCUUGUUUUAAGUCCCAUUGUUUAUGAUAGGAGAGUAACAGAACUUUCCCACUGCGAUCUCCUUGCUGUUUCCCAACAGCUAGCAUACUAGGUGGUUCUGUCUUUUUUCCUUCCUCCCAUUGACUGCAAUAGGAUAUUUUUAAAUUUGGGAAUUCCUAGGCAGGUAUUGGACUAUUUUUGUGGAUGUACUGGAGACUUUGGAUGGGGACAUAUACAGCCAUUUCCAUUACCCCGGUGUUCCCUACACUCUGCUGGUCAAGGACUGCCAGGAGAACAUCUAGAUUGGCAGCCCAUUCCAGCAUAGCAUCAGAGGACCCCCCAAGAGAGGUCCUUGCAGAGAUUUGGGUCUCUUAAGGCUGCUUAGCCUGCCUCCCAGGAGACAUAGACUGGUUCCUUUAAGCAUGUGCUGAAAUCAUUCCUCUUUAAACGCCAGGCCCUCUAUAUUUUGGCUAGAUUUUCUCUAGUAUUUAUAAUGAAUUGUCAGCUGCUUAAAUGCAUCCAGUUGCAAUGGUUGUCAGAUUGAAAGUGAUUAUGUAACUUUGGCCCUCUGAGCUACUCCUUAAAUUCAGUAGAAUUAAACUUUUCAAAUGCCUCGAGCCAAUUUAUUUCCAGUCAAUGCCUUCUAUCUAGAUAAGCAGAAGAGUUGAAUAUGCAAUCAUUUGAAGAGUGGAGCCUGGGGAUAAUGAUUUUCCUGAUAUAAUUAUUUCAAUUAAGCAACGUUACUAUUUUACUGAUAUUUUUAAAACCCUACCAUGCUGCUUUGUUUUAUAUAUAGUUAUCCAACAUUUUGUUACCUGAUUUUGGGAAAUACACGUUAAGAAACCUAGGAUCUGUCCAGCACAGGAACAAACAUCUCUCCCAUUGUACUGUGACUCUAAUUCCACAUCAUAACUUCCGACAGUUGAGAGGAAUCUCAUUGUACAUAUGCUGUUGAAGGGCUGGGUGUUGAGAUAGCAUACAGACAUCGCCAUCACUAGAGGGCUCAUUCAUAAUAAUAUAUUUUACCCCUGUGCCAGGGGAGUGAUUUCUAGGUUGGCCUCGGAUUAGAUUCAAGCCUACCUCGAAGCAAAGACUGGAAGUGAUUAACGAAAAUUAAGUAAAAAUCUAUCUUGGGAUAACAGCAGCCUACCUCUAGUAUGACAUGGGGACAGAUGGCAACUACCCUCAGUAUGAAUGCUGCAAAAUUAUGGUAUGUUUCAAAGCCUGCAAGGCUGCGUCAUAUCUCUGGGGUUUCCCUUUCAUUGGAAUCAGUGGAACUCCAUCCAAAGAAUAUAAGGAAAGUGAGUUAUCUUUCAGGAGAGUUUCUUUUCUUAUCUGUUUAAUAUGGAAAAAUUCACUUUAUAAAUAUUUGAAAGAGAGCUUCCAACUUUGGCACUAAUGGAAAUACUGGAUACUUUUCAUAUAUAUUUAGAAGGUUAUUUGAAAAGAAAUGUUCUGUCUUUUUAUAUAAUUUUUAAUCAAAUACAGAUAUUCUGAUUACUACUUCUUGGUUUCCUAUCAGGCUGUACAUGCAAAAAUAAAACUAGUUCAGGUCUCAAAAUCUUGAGUUGGGGGUGGGGGAACCAACUGUUUGAAGUGCUUUGCUAGCUUUUGGUAUAUUGUGUGUUUUGUGUGUGUAUAUAAUAUAUGCAAAUUAUAAAUAUAUAUAAAUAGAUUCAUAUGGUUAAAUGUUUAGUGUUUUUUCACUGUUCUCCAAGGAAAUAAAAAGUGUUUUGUAUUGCUUUAUGAACUGAUUUAAAAGGCUUUCUGUGAUGACUAAAAAUAUUUUACAGCUCUUUUACCCCAGAAAUGGGUACUUCUGCUCUGAUGUAAAUCUCACCGUUGAUUUUGGAAGCAGAAUUUUAGGUUUUAAGCUGGCCCUACUGAAUAGCACCAGGUAAAAUGCACUUUCUCGUGGCAUGCAGUCUAUUUUCUCUGAAUGAGCUUUCAAAACUAGAGACCACAACACGUUUACAUUUUGUGUGUGUGUGUCCUGUUUUCUUCCCUGCCUAACAAGAGUUGCAGAACCUGAAAUCUUUGGUCUUUUGGGUGGAGAGGAAGGAAAGAAAAAUAAUGUGCUACUGAAGUAAUAGGAUGUGAGAUCUAUCAUUAGGAAUAGAUUAGUCCAUCUGUUAAAAUCCAUUGUAGUGAUAGUCUGCAGUAAGUGAGCUCUGCUUCGUAAUUCUUGGCUGUGACAAAUAUGCCUUUGCUUUACUUGUCAUAAAAUCCGGUGUUUUACUGUUAAUGGCUAUUUCUUUGGUUGCAUUUGCUUGAACUUAGUUGGAAGACCUUAUUCAGACUGUUAUGAUGUCCAUAAAUACAAUUUAAAUGCACUUAUAAUUGAUUUGCUACCAUGGAAUAUGCUGAAUUAUUUCAUUUAAUA